UAAAAAAUAUGAAAUUAAAAUUUUUGAUAUCAAUUAUCAAAACAUGGAAUAUCCACUUAUAAUUACUGAUGAUCAUAAUAAUACGAUUGCACAGCUUCAGCAAAGUGAUUGUUGUAUUUCUUCUCUUUCAAUUCUUAUUGAUAAUGGUGGAAGGCAUGGAAUAGAUUUUAAGUAUAAUACACGCCAUAAUAGUCACGUAGUAGGCCUUCGACAUUAUAAUUUAAGUUAUUUUACGCAGAAUUAUUGCGUUGGCUAUAUCGGAAUUACAUCCACUAGGAGCCUCAAACUUCAUGUCGGUAAUAUAACUAAUAACAGUAUUAUUGAUGUUGUUGAUUAA